GUUUAACAUGGAGAACGAGGAAGAGGAAGAUGAAAUCUUUACAACAUUUCAGGGAGGAUAUGAAGGGCAAGAAGAUGUGGAGGAGCAGGAGGAAGAAGAAGAAGAGCAAGAGGAAGAGGAACCAGAUGCUGAGAGGAAAAGCAGUUGGGAUGUCCCAAUUCCAAGUCGAUCACUGGCCAGUCGCAGAGCUUCACUUCCAUGUCCGGCUCAGCUGAAUGCGAUGCAUCUGAACCGUUUGCACGCUACCACCAUGAGCCCUAGCCCGGUUUAUCUGAGCCACUGGCCUCAGCGCGGUGAGGCGAGGCCGUGUUCUCGCUUUAGCCAUGUUGCCAAUAGUGAGGAGGGAACGCACACUAACAGCAGCACAUGUGACAGACACCCACAUGCCAUCCCAACCAUCCCUGAGGUGCACGAGCCUCUGGAGAGAAAACCUCGGUUUAGGAGCCGCAAUGUCAUGUCUCUGAGUGAUGCAGACAGUUUGUGUCUGAUCUGCCAUGACGACCUACGCAAAGGAGGCGGAGUUAUCAGAGAACUUCACUGUUCCCACAGCUUCCACAGUGAGUGCAUAGAGGAAUGGCUGUGGACCAAGCAGACCUGUCCCACGUGUCAAAAGCAUGUUGCCAUGCCAGAGCCCCUGUACUGGACAUCAACCAGAGUAAUAGUGCCCUGAACUCUUCCAGCUGCCGUUUAAACUACCUUGGACAUCAAAUGAGUAACCAAAACAUCAGAUAUAGUGGUGGAUAUAAAAGAAACAGCUAUUUCAUACAGAAAAGGUGGUCAUUUGACUAAUCACAAAGAGGAGGUUUUGUUAUUCAGGAGACACAGAUUGGUAGAGCAAUUCUUUGUACAUAGGCUGAUUUUAACAGUGAGUGUAAAAUUGUUUUUUAAAUCAUAUUUACAUAUUAAGAAAAUGAAUUAUUUUCUAUCGUGUAUAUCUUUUUUCUGCAGAAAUGUUGUAUGAAGUUGUACAAUUGUAAAUUUUAAAAUGUACCUCACUAUAUUUGUAAGUAAAUCAAAGUAGGCCUGCGUGCAAUGUUCUGUUUUCAAAACAUCUAAGUUAAGCAGUACUAUCAACAAAAGUGUAGGCCUGCAUUUUCCAGAUGUGUACUUGAGGAAAUGUGUUUCCUUACUAUACUUAAGUACUAUUUUAUUUGAGCUCAUACAGUAUUUCAAUAAUCAUCCUGAUAUAAAAUUAUGAUGAUUCUUAAUGUCAGAAUCACAUUCCUGUGAUGUUUACUGGGUUAAACCUUUAUUAAAAACAACCAAUAAAAUCUACUUCAAUGUUGUCA